UGGCUGCAUCCUACCACCAGAGCAACAGACGAAGAAGAAGAAGACCAACCCUGCGCUAGCUUAGCUUGUUAGCUGCUAACAAAGAAAGGCGGAAGUUUCCAACACUUCGCGGGGAAAAUUAAAAAGUCUUGCAGUUGUGUAAAAAAAUGUGUAAAAUACAAAUGCUCAGGGAGUUGGUGAAUCAGCGACUAUCUGCGGCGGCCGAAGAAAUAUUUGUAUUGUUCGAAAGAACGAUAGCAGAAUACGAGGAGGAACUUUCUCGAACGAAAGAGAAGAAGGAGCGACGACAUCAACUACUGGACGCUGAUUUCAUAAACACAACAGAUGUCUGUGAAGAACAUCUUCCCCCUGGCGAGCUGGGGCUGAUGGACCAGGAGGAGCCACAGCCCCCCAGCCUUAAAAAGGAGCCAGCCCGCUUCAAAGAUGAAAAGGAGGAACUUCGUUUCAGUCAAGAAGGAAAGCAUCUUGAAGGACUAGAGCAGUUCCCAGUGGUUUGUGUCAUUGUGAAGAGUGAAGAUGAUGAGGUCAAAGGUGAAAGUGAGGAGAGGGUAGGGGGGGAGCCUCCAAGCAGCAGCUCAACACAACACAUGACAACAGAAGCUGAUGGAGACCACUGUGGAGGAUCACAAGCAGACAAGCUCUUAGCUCCACUAUCAGAUAGUGAGGACACAACCUCACACUCUCCUGACACUGAUGAUGAAGACUCUAAAGAUGAUAAGACAUGUCACACUGACAACACUCGCUUGAAAUGUUCUCUAUGUGAUAAAAUGUUUGGUGACGAGAAAACUCUGACCGCACACACAAGAUGUCACUCUGACAGAAACUGGAAGUGCUCUUGGUGUGACAAAACGUUCACCUGGAAGUCAGCUUUGGAAACGCAUAUGAGGGUACACACCGGAGAAAAACCAUACGCCUGCUCAGUUUGCUGCCAUGCCUUUUCUCACAAGGCAACUUUGACGGCGCACAAGAGAACGCACACUGGAGAGAAACCGUACGUCUGCCCGGUUUGUUGCCAGGCCUUCUCCCAUAAGGCAACGUUGACUGCGCACAAGAGAAUACAUACCGGUGAAAAACCAUAUCCAUGUUCAGUCUGUAGUUCACGUUUUGUACAUAACCAAGAUUUGAAGAAACACAUGCAAAGGCACACUGGAGAAAAGCCGUUCAUUUGCUCAGUUUGCGGUAAGAGAUUCUCUCGGAAGCAGCUUUUGACGAUACACUUUAGAAUACACACCGGAGAGAAACCGUUCUCCUGUUCCGUGUGCGGCGUAGAUUUUGUACGAAGAGAGGAGUUGAAAAUCCACACAAGAAUACACACCGGAGAGAAACCGUUCACGUGCUCGGUUUGCGGUAAAAUAUUCACCCGGAAGGUACAUUUGACCGAACACACAAAAAUACACACCGGAGAGAAACCUUUCUGCUGCUCCUUCUGCGAUAUACGAUUUGCACGAGGACACGAUUUGAAAAAACACAUGAGAACACACACCGGCGAGAAAGUGUUCAGUUGCAGCGUGUGCGAGGAAAGAUUCGCUUACAAGUACCAGCUCAACAAACACCACUGUGCUGGUGAGAACAGCAGCGGCAGGAGUUAAAGGGGAACAUUAUCAGCAGACCUAUGUAAGCGUCAAUAUAUACCUUGAUGGUGCAGAAAAAAGACCAUAUAUUUUUUUAACCGAUUUCCGAACUCUAAAUGGGUGAAUUUUGGCGAAUUAAACGCCUUUCUGUUCAUCGCGCUGGAGGCGAUGACGUCAGAAUGUGACGUCACCGAUGUAACACACCCGCCAUUUUCAUUUUCAACACAUUGCAAACACCGUGUCUCAGCUCUGUUAUUUUCCGUUUUUUUGAAUAUUUUUUGGAACCUUGGAGACAUCAUGCCUCGUCGGUGUGUUGUCGGAGGGUGUAACAACACUAACAGGGAGGGAUUCAAGUUGCACCACUGGCCCGAAGAUGCCAAAGUGUCUGCCGCCAGACCCCCAUUGAAUGUACCGGAGUGUCUCCACAUUUGACCGGCGAUGCUAAGGCAGACAUGGCACAGAGAUGUAUGGAUAACCUGCAGAUGCAUUUGCAACGAUAGUCAACGAAAUCACAAAGGUGAGUUUUGUUGAUGUUGACUGCCAGCUAAUCAAUGCUAACAUGCUACGCUAAUCGAUGCUAACAUGCUAUUUACCGGCGGUGCUAAAGCAGACAUGGCACAGAGAUGUAUGGAUAACCUGUAGAUGCAUUUGCAACUAUAUUACGUUUCCUUCCACCCACAUUUAAUGCGAAACAAACACUUACCAAUCGACGGAUUUAAGUUGCUCCAGUGUCACAAGAUGGGAAAGUCCUGAUCGUUUGGUCCGCACAUUUUACCGGCGAUGCUAACGCAGCUAUUCGGCCAUGCUAUGGCUAUGAAUAGCGUCAAUAGCUAUUCGCUCAAUAGCUUCAGUUUCUUCUUCAAUACUUUCAUACUCCAACCAUCUGUUUCAAUACAUGCGUAAUCUGUUGAAUCGCUUAAAUCGCUGAAAUCCGAGUUUGAAUCCGAGCUAAUGUCGCUAUAUCUUGCUAUGCUAUUCCCAUUGUUUGUUUACAUUGGCAGCACUGUAUGACGUCACAGGGAAAUGGAUAGUCGCAUCGCAAAUAGCGAAAAUCAAGCACUUUAAAGCUUUUUUUUAGGGAUAUUCCGAGACCGGUAACAUUUUGAAAAAAACUUCAAAAAAUACUACAAGCCACUGGGAACUGAUUUUUAUUGUUUUUAACCCUUUUGAAAUUGUCAUAAUGUUCCCCUUUAAAAUAAACCGUCAAGAAUUGGCCAACUGUGACUUUUUUUUUUUUUUUUUAUAUUUUAUGUCCGACAUCUUAAUUUUUAUGUCAUUCAAUCUUGUCAAUAUGCUCCAUCAUUGAAAUGCAUUAAAAAGUAAGAGUGUCCGUCAGAUUUUUUUCAAUAAAUUGCUCAUUUCAGCCAAUAUGAGAGGCUGAACAGCAGCUUUGAUGUUAGCAAGGCAGUCUGGUGUCUUUGAACAUGUUUUUCUGCUCACAGGCCAGAUUUCAAUUUUCCUGAAAGAAUCAAUAAAGUACUAUUCAUCUAUCUAAA